GGGAGGAGGAGGAGGGAAGAAGCUUGCGCCGACUUGCAGGCGCCCCUCUUUGCUCUACCGCAGCCAGCGCGGCUGUUCCCCGCUUCUGCCCGUCCCCUCGUCGGACUUGGGUGAAGCCCCGGCUGGAGAAGAAGGAAGGCAGGUUCCUGGGACGGCAGUUGACAGCCGGGAGAGUUAAAGAGGAGGGAAGGCCCCACCUGGGCUUGUUCAGAGGGACUGAAUGGAAAAAGAGAGAACAACAGAGAAGGAAAACGUUAAGAACAGAAGAACAAAGAGGGACCUUCUGUUUGGCAGGAGGGUGACAUCUAUAAAACCAGAAUCUGAAAAACGAUGGGGAAAGAAAGGGAAAGAGGCCUCUGCCCUGUGAAUAGAAGAAAAAAAAACUUGAGUUGUAGUUUGCUAUAGGAUUCAGAGUGGGAAAUGAACACCAAGGAGAAACCAUAUCAGUGCCUGGAGUGUGAAAAAAGCUUCUCUGAGAGUGGAAAACUUACCAGGCAUCAAAGAACCCACACUGGAGAGAAACCAUAUCAGUGCCUGGAGUGUGGAAAAAGCUUCUCUGAGAGUGGAAAACUUACCAGGCAUCAAAGAACCCACACUGGAGAGAAACCAUAUCAGUGCCUGGACUGUGGAAAAAGCUUCUCUGAGAGUGGAAAUCUUACAAAACAUCAAAGAAUCCACACUGGAGAGAAACCAUAUCAGUGCUUCGGGUGUGGAAAGAGCUUCAGUGAGAGUUCCUCCCUCACUUCACAUCAAAGAAUCCACACUGGAGAGAAACCAUAUCAGUGCCUGGAGUGUGGAAAGAGCUUCUCUGAGAGUGGAAAACUUACCAAGCAUCAAAGAACCCACACUGGAGAGAAACCAUAUCUGUGCCUGGUGUGUGGAAAGAGCUUCAGUGCGAGUUCCUCCCUCACUUUACAUCAAAGAACCCACACUGGAGAGAAGCCAUAUCAGUGCUUGGAGUGUGGAAAGAGCUUCACUGACAGUUAUUCACUUACUACUCAUCAAAGAACCCACACUGGUGAGAAACCAUAUAAAUGCUUGGAGUGUGGAAGGAGCUUUAGUAACAGUAGAUCACUUACUGUGCAUCAAAGAACCCACACUGGAGAGAGACCUUAUAAAUGCUUUGAGUGUGGAAAGAGCUUCAGUGUAAGUUCCUCCCUCACUUCACAUCGAAGAACCCAUUCUGGAGAGAGACCAUAUCAGUGCUUGGAGUGUGGAAAGAGCUUCACUGACAGUGGAAAUCUUACAAAACAUCAAAGAAGCCACACUGGAGAGAAACCAUAUCAGUGCUUCGGGUGUGGAAAGAGCUUCUCUGUCAGUGGGUCACUUACUGCACAUCAAAGAAGCCACACUGGAGAGAAACCAUAUCACUGCUUGGAGUGUGGAAAAAGCUUCAGUGUCAGUGGAAAUCUUACAAAACAUCAAAGAAGCCACACUGGAGAGAAACCAUAUAAAUGUUUGGAAUGUGCAAAGUGCUUCUCUGACUUUGGAUCACUUACCAAGCAUCAAAGAACCCACACUGGAGAGAAACCAUAUAAAUGCUUUGAGUGUGGAAAGAGCUUCUCUGACAGGGGAAAUCUUACAAAACAUCAAAGAACCCACACUGGAGAGAAACCAUAUAAAUGCUUGGCAUGUGGAAAGAGCUUCUCUGACAGUGGAUCACUUACCACACAUCAGAGAACCCACACUGGAGAGAAACCAUAUAAAUGCUUGGAGUGUGGAAGGAGCUUCAGUACCAGUGGAAAUUGUAAUCAGCAUCAAAGAAUGCACAAGUGGAAAUCUUAAUUAGCAUCAAAGAACCCACUCUGGGUAGAAACCAUAUUCAUGCUUUGAGUAGGGAAGAGCUUCAGCCAGAGCAGAAAACUAAACAUAAAAGAACCCACAAUGGAGACUGAUGAGAUGGGGAGUUUUAAUUUAGACUUUCAAGUCUAAUUAAGGGAACAGCUUGAAAUUUAUAGAAUUUCAAUUUCAAACAUUAUUCACUUCAUUAAAAGAGCUUCCUGACAGUAUAUCACUUACUGGGCAUCAAAGAACCCACACAGGAAAGAAUCUAUAUAAAUGAUUUGAGUAUAAAAAGGUUUACUGAAAGUGAGAGUCAUCAAAGAACCCACACUGAGGAGAAAGUAUAUAAUUACAAUCUCUCUCUCUCUCUCUAUAUAUAUAUAUUUAUCGUAAAUGUACCUCUCGCUUAUCCCAUGUGUAGCAGCUCUCGCGAGAGUUCGGAGAUCUGCCAGACAGCGACCGGGGAGUGUGGCGGCAGCUGGUCAGCCGAAGAAGACGGUGGUGGCCAGCCAGAAAACAGGGGCCAGGGAAGAAGCAGCCGGCGGGCUGGCCAGUGAACUAGAGGUGCAGAUGCUCUGUGCCUGGCCCAGCUAGUUCUAAGGAACAGUUUGAAACUUCUAGGACUUGAAAAAAAUUUCAUUUUAUUGUAUAAUGGCAAUAGAUGGUAAACUUGAAUCUUAUUACAUCUGAAAGACCUGC